GACGUCAGUCUCGCGCGCGGGCGGAGGUGGGCCCGUGCGGCGCUGUCACGUAGGUUCAGUGGGCGGAAGAGGUGGCCCCGGAUGCUGCGGCGCCCGCUGGCCGGGCUGGCUGCGGCCGCCCUGGGCCGGGCCCCACCGAACGUCCUUAGGAUGGCUGGAAGCCAGAAGGAGGAGGUUAUGCCGCCAGAGCAGGAAGUGCCUUUCCAGGAAAGCGGCUGCUGGGGCAGCAUGGGAGCCCAGUCCAGGGAGCGUUCUGGCAGAGACCAUUCCGGAACAUGGAUCUGCGCCGGCGGCUCCCAGGAGACCUUCCAUCUCGGAGCUCCUGUGGAGACCACGUGCCUGGCAGGCAUGUCGGGCCCCAGGCCUGUGGUGCUGAGCGGGCCUUCGGGAGCUGGGAAGAGCACCCUGCUGAAGAGGCUGCUCCAGGAGCACAGCGGCAUCUUUGGCUUCAGCGUGUCCCAUACCACGAGGAACCCGAGGCCUGGCGAGGAGAACGGCAAAGAUUACUACUUUGUAACCAGGGAGGUGAUGCAGCGUGACAUAGCAGCCGGCGACUUCAUCGAGCAUGCUGAGUUCUCGGGGAACCUGUAUGGCACGAGCAAGGCGGCGGUGCAGGCUGUGCAGGCCAUGAACCGCAUCUGCAUGCUGGACGUGGACCUGCAGGGUGUGCGGAACAUCAAGGCCACCGAUCUGCGGCCCAUCUACAUCUCUGUGCAGCCACCUUCACUGCACGUGCUGGAGCAGCGGCUGCGGCAGCGCAACACUGAAACGGAGGAGAGCCUGGCGAAGCGGCUGGCUGCUGCCCAGGCCGACAUGGAGAGCAAGGAUAGUACAGCCCCUAACCAGAGUCCUGAUGGGUGCUGGUGUCCAGACCCGAGGUCUGGGGCUCCAGAGAGAGCAGGAGUGGUGCCUGAGGACCGAGGCCCAGGGGCGGCCCUUCCCUACCCUGCACAGGCCCGGCUGGGCUGGAAAGCUGUCCCACAGCCGCAGCAAGGACAGCCGCAGGCAAGGAGCCCGGCCUGUUUGAUGUGGUCAUCAUUAACGACAGCCUGGAUCAGGCCUACGCAGAGCUGAAGGAGGCGCUCUCUGAGGAAAUCAAGAAAGCUCAAAGGACCGGCGCCUGAGGCUUGCUCUCUGUUCUCGGCACCCUGGGCCCAUACAGGACCAGGGCAGCAGCACUGAGCCACCCCCUUGGCAGGCGAUACGGCACCUCUGCGCCCUUGGCCAGCACGUGGAGUGGAGGGGAUGCUGCCCCUGUAGUUGGAUCAUCCUGGGGUGACCCCCGACCCAGCCCCGCCGGGCUGUCCCCUGUCCCUAUCUCUCACUCUGGACCCGGGGCUGACAUCCUAAUAAAAUAACUUGGAUUAGAAAGUCCAUAAA